GAACAUAGUUCGCGUUGACACGAUAUUUCUGCUAAACAAGAAUGUUUAAUUUUAUGUUUACAGUUGUUCUGCUCCGUUUUCCAUGUAUUACAGGCCAGCAUCAAUUUUUGAUCCAAGGUGAUCAUGGUUUAAAGCGAUCUCGUUUUCAAGGGGUAUCAUACGCAAAUUUUGAAGCUCACAAUUUUCAGCAUCUUCAAGGAUCCCUCUUAGACUCUUCUUGUGAAGUAGUCCGGGCUUUAGACUGCGCUUUCGCUUGUGUGGCUAACGCUACCUGUGUUUCGUUCAACAUCGCUACGUCGCCAAACGGAAGUGGAAAACUUCGCUGCGAGCCGCUAAGUGAAGACAAGUUUAGAAGUCCUCACAAACUGACCGAUUCGCAGCAGUUUCACCAUUACAGCAUAAAGACACCUUGCUCGAGGAUUCCUUGCAAAAAUAACGGUAGCUGCAUCCCAAAUUACGAAGAGGAUAAAUACCAUUGUGUUUGUGAGCCGGGCUUUACAGGUUUUCAUUGCACGAGAGCGUGUGCAGGUCCCUUGGGCAUGGAAAAUAAACAAAUAACAGCAGCACAGAUUUCAGCGUCCUCUCAGUUUGAUGGAAAUCAUGCUCCAAACCAAGGAAGACUGCAUUUCAAGGGUGGCUACGGAGCAUGGGCCGCAGGUGCGAAUGAUCUUAAUCAAUGGUUUCAAAUCGAACUUCGUGUUGAGGCAAAUGUCACUUUUGUGGCAACCCAAGGGAGGUACGGUAGCUCCGGGCAACGGGUGACCCAGUACAAGUUACAAUACAGCAAGGAUGGACUUUCCUUUCAGGUUUAUAAGCAGCCUGGCGAGAACUCAGACAAGGUGUUUGCUGGAAAUAGUGAUCACGACACCGUGGUUAAGCAUCCUUUGAUUCCUCCGAUCGAAGCGCGAUACAUCAGACUGAUACCCACAGCAUGGAAUCACCACAUCUCCAUGAGGAUGGAAAUCUACGGAUGUUUUGAGUACCAGAUUCCUUUGGGAAUGGAAAACUUUAGAAUAACGCCCACACAGAUAUCAGCGUCUUCUCAGUAUAGUGGAAGUUAUGCCCCAAACAUGGGAAGACUACACUACAAGGGUAAUGCCGGCGCAUGGGCAGUAGGAGUGAAUGACAUGAAUCAGUGGAUUCAAAUUGAUUUCCGAAUAGAGACAACUGUCACUUAUGUGGGGACUCAAGGAAGACAUAAUGUCGGCCAAUGGGUGACCCAGUACAAGUUACAGUACAGCAGCGACGGAAAUUCAUUUCAGGUUUUUAAACAGCAAGGAGAGAGCGCAUACAAGGUGUUCGCUGGGAACAGUGAUUCCGACAACGUGGUAAAACAUCGCUUAACUCCACCAAUCAGAGCACGAUAUGUUAGACUGGCACCAACAACAUGGAACCACUACAUCUCCAUGAGGAUGGAACUCUACGGCUGUCUUGGUAACUGACCCUUUAAUCCAACCCUUAAACCCACCGAUGACUUAUUUCUGAAUAUCGGCACCUUCACCCCAGGAGCAAGGGCUUUAGAAGGCUUGAAAGAGUCUCAGUAUUACUGCACUGUGUGCGAGAUGUGAGAGACUGCUCACUAUAGUGAGGACAACCGAGCAAUGAAAAUGUUGACAAUCUACAAA